ACGUGCGAGUGUUCGUGCGUAUAGGGAAAAAAAAAAAAAAAAAAAGAAAGAAAGAUAGGAGAGAUAGACAGAUAGAUAGAUAGACAGAGAGAAAGAGAGAAAGAACUAAAAAAAAAAAAGAAGUAAAGUGUCCUCGUCAUAGACAAGUGAAAUUUUGGAAGCAGCUCGAAGGAGGAUUUAUCGAUCUUUUUCAAUGAUCGUCCAUGUCUUCAGAAGAGGAUUAGUGUAGUCGUAGGAGAAUUUUAAGCAAGUUAACGUAACAGUGCUUGAUCUAUCUGAAAAAUAAUUAACUUCGAUGCAUCAUCGAUCGAAGACUUGAGUUAAAUCAUCAUUUUCGCGAGGGAGAGAGACAGAAGAGGAAGGUGAUGAAGAUGCGAAACGCAGACAAUGUUGUUUUGAUCAUACAUUAAAAAAGAAAUUAAAAAGAGAGAGAGAGAGAGAGAGAGAGAGAGAGAGAGAGAGAGAGAGAGAAUAUCUGUAUGAGUGUACGUGUACAUUUAGAAGAAGAGACAUAUACGCACGUACUUCCAAUAGAUUCGAAAUUCAAGGAAAUAAAUUGAUAAGAAGGAAGCUUCGUGAGUAUAUAAAAAAAGAGAGAGGAGGUAGAGAGAAAGAAGAUAGAAAGAAGAAAGAUAGAGAGAGAGAGAGAGAGAGAGAGAGAGAGAGAGAGAGAGAGAGAGACAGAGAGAGAGAGAGAAAGAGAGAAUCGUUGGGUAUGUGCCCUGAUAAGGAAAGAGUAUUGACUAUGAGGUGUGCUGUCAACGAAAAGGCUGCUUAUGAAGAAGUUGAUCCUCCUUCGAUGAAAAAAAUGGAGGACGAGUUAAGGAUUGAAGGAGUCAAGGAAGAUCGAACAUCUCCUUCAGAGGAUUCUUCUUUGAGUGACCGGAUUGAAUAUGUUCCAAAGAUCAAGUGGUUGGACCUUUCCGCGCAAAUAUUCAUCCAUGGUGGUUGUCUUUAUGGAUUCUACCUCAUGUUCACGCAGGCGAAACUUUUGACGUCUUUGUGGGCUUUCAUAGUAAUAUACACUUCCGGUUUUGGCAUAACAGCGGGAGCUCACAGAUUAUGGUCUCAUAGGGCGUACAAAGCGAAGUGGCCAUUGCGAUUACUUCUAGUCUUCCUUUUUACGAUAACUGGUCAAAAGCACGUUUAUGCGUGGGCGUUGGACCACAGGGUGCACCACAAAUAUAGUGAGACCGAUGCCGAUCCACAUAACGCGAAAAGAGGUUUUUUUUUUGCUCAUGUAGGGUGGCUUUUUACGACACCCCACCCAGACGUUGUGGCUAAACGCAAAGUCGUCGAUAUGAGUGAUCUUGAAGCCGAUCCAAUAGUGAUGUGGCAAAAGAGAUUUUACAUACCUCUGUUUGCUCUUUUAACCAUUGGAUUACCGGUCGCCGUACCUUAUUAUCUUUGGUCUGAAACAUUCUGGACAUCUUUCUGGGUCAGUUUUAAUUUCCGAUUUUGCGUAACGCUCAAUAUAGCCUUCUUCGUUAAUAGCGUCGCACACAUGUGGGGUCAGAAACCUUACGAUAAGAAUAUCUCACCAGUUGAAAACAUUGCGGUCUCCAUAGCAGCACUUGGAGAAGGCUGGCACAAUUAUCAUCACGUGUUCCCAUGGGAUUACAAGACCGGAGAACUUGGUGAUUAUUCUUUCAAUAUAACGACUGGAUUCAUCGACGCUUUCGCUCGUAUUGGUUGGGCUUAUGAUCGGAAAUACGUCUCGCCAGAAAUGGUACGGCGAAGGGCUAAUAAAUCUGGUGAUGGUAGUCAUGUUUGGGGUUAUGGAGAUGUGGAUAUCUCUAAAGAAGAUCUUCAAGAAUUAGAAACGAUGGAUAAAAAAUUUUUAUAAAUAAGUAGUUCCUCUUUUAUUAUCGUAUAAUAUGCCCGGCGCACGAUACAGCAAAAUCUUUGUCGUCGUUCUUAUUAUAAUCCUGCCGUCUUUUUUAUAUUUUCUAGAAAAAUAAAACUAUCUUAGGUUUAUAUAAUAAUUUUAUAACCAUGGAAUAGCAAAGAACACGCUCUUGCGUUAUUAAUUGGAAGCAUAAAUAUAAUUUCGUGCAAUGAGAUAUAUGAGUAUAACAAUGAGGUAAAAAGGAAUAAAACGAAAAAAAGAAAACAAAAAGCUAUUUUUACGCUCUUUCGUUUUUUUUUUGUUUUGUUUUGAUUUAAUACAUACUAUGUAUUUCCAAGUAGGAGCACAAAAAUACGUUAGUUUUAAUAAAGUAUUAUUCAUUUUUGUUGUUAUUUCCGAUUGUAUGGAUAUACGUUUUGUAAUAGAAAUGCAACGGAUGUCGUAUGUUACUUUUGUUAAAAGAAUAUUAUUCUGAUUUAUUUGUCAUAAGACCAUUAGCUUAAUAAAUAAUGAAUAAAAUAAAAAA